AUGGCCUGUAUGCGCUUGAACAUGUCGUUGUUGUUCGUGGUGGUGGACAGUCUACUCAUCACGGCCGAGAACUGCGACCAAUUAGAAGAGACCAACGAAAGGGAAGAGAAGAGAAGAGAAGCAAAUACUACAACCUACCACACUCAAACCAUACUGCAACCUACCACACUCAAACCAUACCACAACCUACCACACUCAACCCAUACUACAACCUACCACGCUCAAACCAUACCACAACCUACCACACUCGACCCAUUCUACAACCUACCACGCUCAAACCAUACCACAACCUACCACACUCAAAGUAUAGGGUCGCACCCCAAUGAGUCGGGUCUGUCUUCGCAUACCUUGUCAGCUACAUCUGAGGCCUGCUUCUUGUACGUAGCAUCUUCAGACUCUCCAGUAGCCCUCCCUGGCUUCGUGCUGUUCUGGCGUGUUAUAUUCCGGCCGGCUUUAUUCUCCAUCACAUACGUUUUGAUCAAAGCCGUUUUCUGCGCGGAUGCGGAGGGAGUGGAUGUGAGUCCAGAGUGGGAAUGUGGGCGUUAA